AUGGAGAAGCUGGAGGUGCAGAUCGAUUCUGCCGAGUUUCAGCUUGAUCAGUUGCGGGCGAAGGAUGGCACAUUGGUCGAUACGCCUACUCUACACAAGCUCUGGGCUGAUUUUGGUGAGUUCCCGUCGAGCUAUUACGUCCGUAAAGAGGAGCAAAUGCUGUGGACAGUGAUUAAACAGCAGAUCCCGUCACUUGACUUCGUGCCAGUCGUGAUUCUGGGCUCUCAUGGCGUAGGCAAAUCGUGCUUCUUGAUGCUGUUGGCGGUUCAUCUUGCAUGCGUCGCUCACCGGAAGGUAUUGGUGAUUCGUCGUGUGAAAGGGAACGGAAGAGGUGAAGCGGUUGUGCUGCUGAAUGGUCCGAAUAGCCGAGCUAUCAACCUGCCUUUCGAAAACAUAUCAAGGAUCCGAAAAACCGAUGGGCUUCUUGUAUUGGUUGACGGAUUCACAGAAUACGAGAUCAGAAUGAGCAGACACCUUAAGAUGUUUGAUAUCUUAGCGACGUCCUACCAGUACGAUCGAAAAGAGAAUGAUCCGUCGCAGUUAGUGGUGCUCCCUGCUUGGCGGUACGGCGGUUUGGAGCAAUACGCGCAACUCAAUCGAGCUUGGUUGGACGCGGCAGGAUACGCAAACAUGGGGAACGGAGCGACAGUGAAGCAGUUGGCGGCACAACAGUACGCUCUGAGUGGAGGCAGCAUGCGUCUAUUCUGCAUGGAUCGAGCGCAGUUGAUGGACAGGAUCACUAUGGAUUUCCGGCGAGUGGCCGCAACGCAAACAUUCGCGCUGUGCACGGAUUUUAGAACCGAUCCGUCUGAGCGACUUCGCCGUCAUUACGUGCUGGAUCCGAAUAACCCGGACGAUUAUACAUCUACAUCGGCCUGGUUCAUGUCGGUGGAUUCGGCGUAUGUGCUGAAGGAGUUGGAGCGCUGCCUUGUUCCCACGGAGAACCACCUUGAUUUCUAUUAG